ACACUGUCUGCUCGUGGGUCGUAACCCGUCCUUAAGCCAAAUUCGGGUCAAACAAGAAGAUUCAUUGUUGUUUGGUUUGGGGAAAAGAUCUUCAGGAAGCGGCUGUUUAAGUAAAAACUAGUUUCUUGUUCCACUUCACUUCUCUAGAGAGAUGCACUUAACCCUUAUCGACUCCGAAGCCCACCGCCGCCCGUAGCCCUAUACUGCGAGAUAAGACAGGUAAGGUUAGAUAAAAAUGGCACACACGUGCCUUUCCACAUUGGCGUCGUCUUUUGGGUUGAGUUCUCUACUCUUCUUUCCAAACGAUUCUCAUAAGUCAUCUUUUCCUUUCCAUCCCCUUCAUCCCAGGAAAUUGAAGAAGCUAGUUAGUAAUCAAAAUAAUGUGAUGAGUUCUCUGCCAAAGGCUGUUUACACUGGAGAGUUUUGGGCUGCAGAGACAAGCUCUCGACAAGGAAUCUGGUCAAUAAGGGAUGAUUUGCAAGUUCCAUCAUCACCUCACCUCCCUGUAUAUGCUCAAGGGCAGGGGCCACCGCCAAUGGUGCAAGAGCGAUUUCAGAGUGUUGUUGGCCAACUUUUUCAAAAUAGAAUAAUUCGCUGUAGUGGAGCUGUUGAUGAUGAUAUGGCCAACAUUAUUGUAGCUCAACUUCUCUAUCUUGAUGCUGUUGAUCCUCAGAAGGACAUUGUUCUGUAUGUUAAUUCCCCUGGAGGGUCAGUUACAGCUGGUAUGGCCAUAUUUGACAUUAUGAGGCAUAUCCGGCCUGAUGUCUCAACUGUGUGUGUCGGACUUGCAGCUAGCAUGGGAGCUUUUCUGCUUAGUGCGGGAACCAAAGGAAAACGAUACAGUUUACCUAAUUCAAGGAUAAUGAUACAUAAGCCUCAUGGGGGACUUCAAGGAACUCCAAUUGAUCUUACCAUUCAGACAAAUGAAUUGCUGCAUCAUAAGGCAAACUUAAACGGGCAUCUUGCUUACCACACUGGCCAAACUUUAGAGCGGAUUAACGAGGACACCGAGUAUGAUUUUUUCAUGAGUUCGAAAGAGGCAAAGGAACAUGGACUAAUUGAUGGUGUCCUCACGAAUCCUCUCAAAGCUCUUCAGCCACUAGCUCCUAUAGCUGAUAGUAAUGAAUAACCUGAUCAUGUGUGAUGUUCCUUUAGGUAUUUUUUCUAUCAAUGACAUGGCUAUAUUGUCUCUUUGAUACUGAAUAAUUAUGAUAUGAAUUUUGAUAUUAAUUAUACAACAAUAUUUAAAAAAUUGGUGUAGCCUUUAGGGAAUAU